UGCUAAAUAGUCCGCACCGUGUGCCUGAAUGCGGCCAUCCCCCGGCAGGGAAAUUUCCGCCAGCGGAGGAAUCGUGGCUGGGGUGGAGAAGGGAGCUGAUGGCAAAGGCGGACAACAUGUGGCGGCGCAGGGGGACGGCAGGAGCACCCGGACUCCGCGGCUGCCAGCGGGGAGGAGGGAAUCCCCCGUCUCCGGGCGAUGGGUGUUUGUGGCGGCGGGAGGGAGGCCCCUGGGACGGCGCCGUGGGAGCGGAGGACGCCCCCACCCCGCAAGCCGCUACACGUGGGGAGCCGCCGAGGGCCGAACCCCGCGAUUCCACGUGGCUGGGAGGAGGCGGGAUCCCGACGGAGCGGGGAGCCGUGCGGGAGCGCGGGGUGCCCGGCCAAAGGGACGAGCCUUUCUCCGCUCACGCUGCGCUUCCCUGGUUAUUGUCUCCUCCCCAACUCGGCCACUUCCCCUAGUUUCCAACUUCAUUUGUUUCGGGCGGGCGCAGAAAAGUGCAGCAGAAAGAGGCCGGCUCCCGCCGGGUGGCUCCCCCGCCCCUUUCUCCUUCCCCUCCUUUCUUCCUCGCUGCGUCUGUUUGCACUUUAGCUGAGCCACUAAUCCCCCGAGAGCGCCUAUUUGUAGUGAAGAGUCUCUAUAGGGGGCGAGGCCGGCCCAUGUGGGUUUGUGUCAUUGGUUUGCAAAGAGAGACCCCGCCUAUUGCCCCCCCCCCCAAAAAAAGCAAAAAAAAAAAAAAAAAAAAAAAAGCGAGCGAGCGAGCCCCUACCUUUCCCAGCGACUCCGCACGGAGAGGCGGGGAGGCCAGUGCCGAGCCUUUCCACCCAGGGAGCAGCCGCCAAGGACUUUUGGGGUGUUUGCUUUUUUUUUUUUUUUUUUAAAAGAGCCAAGUUGAAAUUCGCAUCCUCCUCGCUCCUGCGAAAGAGUCUUUCCCGCGGCUGCCCCCAUCCCCACUUGGAGCAGCCGCUCGGAGGAGGAGGAGGGGAUUAAGUUUGUGUGUGUGUGUGUGUGUGUGUGUCAUUUUAAGGUGGAUCUCAGGCAGCAAGAGCCCCGGAGAGGGAGAGAGAGAGAGAGGAGGCGAUCGAUAAAGGGAGAGAUGCAGCGCUGAGAGGAGAAGGCGGCGGCGGCGGCUGCAAGCUGGGGGGCUUUGCUCCCUGUGGAUAUUUGGAGCCAAGGCAGAGGAAGAAAACAUAAUCAUCACUGAAAGUUUGCAGAUGACAUACAGAUUGGGGGAGUGGUAAAUAAUGAAGAGAACAGACUGCUAAUACAGAAUGAUCAGGAUUGCUUGGUGGGAGACUUCCCCUUCCUCCCUGCAACCUCAGUAAAGAAGCAGAUGAAUGCAUCCGACUCCACAUGUCACACCUGCUAGUUAAGGUUUAUAGUGCCGUUAUGCACUCAGAUUCCUGUGAAUUUUCCUGAGUUCUUGGAGGACUGCUUUGCUUUUUGAAUCAGAAAGUUACAAAAUACAGUAAAGAAUGGCACUUGUGGAUAAACACAAAGUCAAACGACAGCGAUUGGACAGAAUUUGUGAAGAAGUCAAUUGUUUCAUUCCAAUGCCGAUUCCAAGUAAGCAUACAAAUAUCGGCCGUUCUCAGAGCUGGGAUGCUGCAGGAUGGUAUGAAGGCAACUGGGAGAAUGAAAAUGCAUUUGAAUAUCAGAGACCAACAGGGAGAAGAAAUUCGCUGACUUACGGUGGAGAAGGAGGUUGGUAUGAGCAGCCAAAUCAUAGACCGCAUGAUAUCAUCUUGCAAGGAGGCGCUGAAUUGAAGCAAGAGCCGUACGCAUAUCAGGAUCCAGUUUUUAACCAGGGUCCCUUACGGAAGGGUUCUGUUCCUGACUUCACUUACUACGACAGACAGGCUGCAAUGUCUGGACGAAGCUCCUUGCCAUCUCAGGAUUAUUACAGUGACCCAUCUUUAGCUGCUAGAUCACCUAAAGAUCCACGCUACUAUAGAGACCACAUGAUUAAUAGAUCAUUACCGAAUUAUGGGAUUCCCGGUAGCAGAUUGGCUUGGGAUCAGGUACAAGGACGGUCACCUGCCCCACACGAAGCCAGCCGUAUGUAUAGGGAUCCCAUGAGUAAAAUGAUCCAAGAGGGGCAGAGAAUGCGAAACAGAGAUCCUUCUCCUGCAAGGUAUGGUGUUGAACCGCCCACCCCUAGAUAUGGAACAGAACCACCAUCUUUUCCCAACAGGCAGGUCUAUAGUGAUACAGCAGAGAGACCUAUAGAGUCUGCAGCUGCUAGACAAACUACUCCAACAUGCUUGGUGGUCGAUCCAAAUUCUGCUACUGUUGUUGAUGGGAGCAUAGGUCCAUCUGCCGUUGCUGUAAAUCGUGGUUAUGGACCCAUCAGGGAAAAUGUCAAUGCAAAGAUUCCUUAUGAUAGUUAUGAAACUGCCAUGACUCCUUCCCAUUCUCAGGUGCCCACAGCUUUCGCAGGACAAGAAAUUAAAAGAAACUUUGAUCCGGAGUUCCUAGCACUUCUGCGUUCAGAAGGUGUGUCUGAAAGUACAUUCAGUGCUUUGCUGCAGCAAGGAUUUGAUUCUCCGAGCCUGCUCGCGAUGAUGGAAGAGAAUGAUAUAAAAUCUGUAGCUCCAAAUCUUGGACAGGCAAGGGUGCUUUCCCGCAUUGCCCAUAACUACAAAACAGAGAUGCAGCUACAAAGGCAUGAUGGGAAGAACGGCACACUCCGUCCCAGGACCCGAUCUAACAGCUUUAGUCAUCGAAGUGAACUACUGCAGAAUGCAUAUGGCAUGCACCCUGCCUCUGGUCCCGGUGUAGAUGGCACAAGUAUGCAGCAAGCACCUCCUCCUUCUCUACAGCCAGUAUCACCAAGAGUAGGAGAAAUAAAUCGUCGCCCAUCCAGUGCCCCCACACAGCACCUUCUGGAAACUGCAACUUAUUCUGCAUCUGGAGCAGCUCAUCAAGGUGCUCAUUUUCUAGCUAAUUCUGGCUACAACGCUCCUUUGCCAUGCAACAUGCACACUCGUCCAGUGUCUGCCUAUUCCACUCCAACUGGAUUACCAGGGACUACAGCACAGACUAACCCACAUGCAAGUCCCAAAACAGCAUAUCCAACCACUUACACAGUGCCCAUGGAGCUGCUGAAGAGGGACCGAAAUACAUCAAUGUCCCCAAUGCAUAGCCCACACAACAGUCCUCAACUUCUCCGAAAGCAAGGAGCCCAAAUGGAUUCCACCCUGGCGCUUGCUGGCCCAAGUUUUCACAUGCAACAUUCUCCUUAUCAGAAACUCACCAGACGCACUGGACCACCAGUUAUUGUCUCAACCAUGGCAUCACCUGAACCAAGUAUUCGCCCACAAAUAAUGAAUGGCCCUAUGCAUCCUCGUCCUUUGGUGGCUUUGUUAGAUGGAAGGGACUGUACAGUGGAGAUGCCAAUUUUGAAAGACUUGGCUACUGUUGCAUUCUGUGAUGCACAAUCAACUCAGGAGAUUCACGAGAAGGUAUUAAAUGAAGCCGUUGGGGCAAUGAUGUACCACACUAUCACCCUCACCCGAGAAGAUCUAGAGAAGUUCAAGGCCUUAAGGGUCAUCGUUCGAAUAGGCAGUGGAUAUGACAACAUCGAUAUCAAAGCUGCAGGGGAGCUCGGGAUUGCUGUCUGCAAUAUCCCAUCAGCAGCUGUGGAGGAGACUGCAGAUUCCACCAUAUGCCAUGUCCUAAACCUCUACAGGCGGAAUACUUGGCUGUAUCAAGCACUGAGGGAAGGGACCCGGGUGCAGAGUGUGGAACAGAUAAGGGAGGUGGCCUCGGGAGCAGCUCGGAUCAGAGGAGAAACUCUCGGCCUCAUUGGAUUUGGUCGCACUGCGCAGGCAGUUGCCGUUCGAGCCAAGGCAUUUGGAUUCAGUGUGAUAUUUUACGACCCAUACCUGCAGGAUGGGAUAGAGAGGUCUCUGGGCGUCCAGCGAGUCUACACACUCCAGGACCUGCUAUAUCAGAGUGACUGUGUAUCUUUGCACUGUAACCUUAAUGAACAUAAUCACCACCUUAUCAAUGACUUUACGAUUAAGCAGAUGAGGCAGGGCGCAUUCCUAGUAAACACAGCACGCGGCGGGCUUGUGGACGAGAAAGCCUUAACUCAAGCCCUGAAGGAAGGAAGGAUACGAGGAGCAGCGCUUGAUGUGCAUGAAUCAGAGCCAUUUAGUUUUGCUCAAGGCCCAUUGAAAGAUGCUCCUAAUUUAAUUUGUACUCCGCACACUGCUUGGUACAGUGAGCAGGCAUCCCUAGAGAUGAGAGAGGCUGCUGCUACUGAAAUCCGUCGCGCAAUCACAGGUCGCAUCCCAGAAAGCCUAAGAAACUGCGUGAACAAGGAAUUCUUUGUCACAUCAGCCCCAUGGUCAGUAAUAGAUCAGCAAGCACUUCAUCCAGAGCUCAAUGGUGCCACAUACAGAUAUCCACCUGGCAUGGUCAGUGUCGCACCUGGAGGGAUUCCAGCAGCAAUGGAGGGCAUCAUACCUGGAGGCAUUCCCGUUACCCACAAUCUUCCAACAGUGGCACACCCUUCCCAAGCUCCAUCUCCUAACCAGCCCACAAAACAUGGGGACAACAGGGAGCACCCUAAUGAGCAAUAGCAGCUAAUUCAAAAAUUAUUCAAUAAACUUGGGACCAAGAGACAUUGGAAAAAAGUUAUACAGGAACUAAGAAAGGAAUUUGAUACAAUAUUUGUAAUGUUGAUUUUGGACAGAUGCAUCAUUGAUGUUCCAGUAUUAAACUACAAUGCGAUAGCAGUCAAGACUGGGGAGAAACCCUGAAGACGUCACCUGCUUUACUGAAGUGCUGACAACUAGGAUGAUAUACAUUAAUGAUCAGCUUCGGUUACUGUGUGUUAAGUUUCCUUCAUCUGUGCAUCAAUCACAAGAAUAAAAUAGAUUUCCCCUUCUCAGCCCUUGGGAAUAGCAGGGCCUAUUCACCUGUAUUUACAGCAAUGCCUCAAGCAAACCGUAAGAAAUUUAAGAGGAAACCAUCAUGUGGCUUCAGCCUUUUCUUUAUUCACUUGUCUGGUUACCUCUUUUUACAGGAGGAGAAAAUACUGGCCUAGAGAUGAGAAGAAAACAAAUGUCUUGUUGCAGUCCUAGCUGGCCAGUAAUAUACAUUGAAAGUUCUCUUUAUAAAGUUUAAUUAUAGCCAUUCAGGCCAGGAAGGUUAGGAUGGGGGGGGGGGGGGGGGGAAAGGUGUCAGAGUUAAAUAGCUCCCCUCCUAUCACAUGAAAGAAACAGGUUUCUCUCAUCUGACCGACACACUGAAUAAAGUAGCUGUAAAUUCAGUAUGCCCCCCUCAGUGAUGCAAAAAAAAAAAAAAAAAAAAAAAUAUUGAGUUUCACACACUAUUUGUACUCAAAUAUAUUUUCUCAGUUUUAAAUCUGCAGCUAUUUUAUUGAGUGCAAAUGUCUUGAGCUGGAAAGGGUUCAAGAAGAAUAAUGUUGCAUUUCCUUAUGUCUCAGGAAACACUUUUUAUGGUAACUUGUCAGACUGUCUAUGAACAAAACCCACUUUUUUAGACAUUGAUAAGAGUCUUCUUUUCUUCACGUGAUAUUUUAUACAAGGACACUUCAAAAAUGUGUUAUUAGAUGUGACUGAUUUUAACAAAUCCUAUUAGAUUUGUAUCAACUAGUUACAUGUUAUAUUCAUAGUCUUUUGUGAAUCAUCGCCUUUUUGUUUAAAAAGAUGGCCUGUUUUGAGCCUUUGUAUGGGGGGAGGGGGGGGUAACAUUCCUGUUUCUGUGACAAAAAAAAAAUCUUAAACUGUCCCAAACAAAGAACAAUGGCUAUCAGAAGAAUGUUUUGUUUUAGUGUGUUACCGUUAUUGUAUUUGUUUAUUGUGAAGGUGGACAUUUAGCGUUCAGUGCAGUUUUCAAUAAAAAAAUGAUAAAAUUUCUAUAAUUUCUGAAAUGUAGAGCCCUCAAUGCAAUUUUAAUAUGGUUAAAAAUAGAAACCCUUUGAGAAUGUAAAGUAAGUUAUGCUGUUAUGAUCACAUGUACUAGUACCCACCUCAUAAAAAGACCUCAUGGCUGCACGACUCUCAGUGAGGUAGGGCAGAUCUUCAGCUGCUGUAAAUUGGCAAAGCUCUAUGACAGUUUACACCAGCUGAGGAUCUGCCCCGAAAUUUCUACUCCACAUGUAGAUAUUUAUAAUUUAGAAAUGCUGGAGAAACUAAAUUUAACCUUGCUGAUUCAGUUCAGUUUUAGAAAAACUUGCCUGUGUUACCUUCUGCCCCAUGACUUUACUUUUCAGAAAAACAGGCACUUUGGAUACAUACCUCGCUAAUAUUUAUAUUCUGUGCAACUUUCAUUUAACCUACAUAUUCAAGAAACUCACCUUCAUGAAUACUGUGCUUUGGGAAGGAGCUAGCCCUUGGCUGUACAACCUUUUAAUAAGCAUUAACGCUUAUCUACACUAGACAGAGAAAAUGUUAGCAAGUUUCUGGAGAAUCAAGUUUAAGCCUGACUGAGCACUAGGCAGCUCCAAACUUCACUGCAUGGAGGGCCCAUCCUUGUAUUACUGCAGUGCCCUUUUAAAAUGAAUCAAUGCCAACAUCAACUUGAAUAGAUGGGGCAAAUAACGACAUGGGAAAAAACAACUGAAACCAAAAUUUCUAGUAGUUACAAAACUGUAUUUUUGUUUGUUUUAAAUUAAAUGGAAAGCUAUUUACCAGCUUCAAACAUGUUACAAAGAGGUCACAUUUCAUAGCUGUGUGACUAUCCUUUUGUCAAUGAUCUAACAGAGCAAGUAUGAAUGAUUAUCCAUAAACACCAGCAUAGAGAAAAACCAGGAGAAUAAAACAGGUUAGUUAGAGAGAACAUUUGGGAAACACGAAAAAGGAAGAUAAAACAUUUAAUUCAUGUUGUCAAGGUUUGAAGUGACUAUUUUUGGUACUAUCAUAGUUUUUUAAAAUAAGCAGUUGCAUUUCAGGUGAGUGUAAAUACUGUUCUAUGAAAAGGAAUAAUUCAUGCCAGUGGUUCCUAGUGCAUCCAUUGCCAGCAGUGGAUUUUGAAUCAGGAAAUAAGAGUCCUGGGACAAACCUUGCAGAGAAUGGUAGAUGCUGUAUGCUUUCAUCCAGUACUUAUAAAAAUAAGACUAGAUGCAAAUCAUAGCAAACUUAGACGAUAGCUUCCACUUAGGUUUUACAGUUCAACAAGAACUACAAAUGAAUUUAAAAAAUCCAAAUGUUACAAAGUAUCAUAACAACAGGCUUCAGGUUAAAAACAACACUACUUCUGGGGUUGUGACCACUACAGAGGGAUUCAACUGUCUGUAAUACAAACACCAACAAAAUAUGCAAGGAGUAGGUCACAUGGAGAAGGAGAGAAUGUGUAUCCAGCCUGACUUGACAUAUUACUGGGUCCAAAGCAAUGUGACUGUAGUAUGGCCCAAGUUUUUUUAGACUGAAAAGUUAGUCUGCAAGGGGAAGGGAGAGAAAUGUAUGCCAGAUAGCUGCUGCUCAAGAUUUGUGCCUUUUGCUUUACUGACAAACCAAUUUACUGCUGCUUUUGUACUAAUACAAGGAAGGCUGGGGGCCCUUCCAUCAAUCAAGGAUAACAUGAAGCAGUUCAUACAAGUAACAAAAAUGUGACUUUUUUUU